AUUAUGUACAUUGUGGAGCAUUUAGCAAUUGCAAUCUGUUCAAUUUGGGUGAAUUUGAAUGCAGUUGUCUUCCAGGGUACGAGCCGAAGCUAAGCCGACAAUGGUACUUGAGAGACGGCUCCCAUGGAUGCUUGAGGAAGAAAGAUGAGAAGGUGUGCAAUAGUGGUGAAGGGUUUUUUCAAGUUGAGUCAUGUCAAAAUCCCAGACACGGGUACAGCUCAGAUGAACAAGAGCAUGAGAUUGAAGGAAUGUGAAGAGUUCUGUCUGAAGAACUGCUCCUGCACAGCCUAUGCAAGUGCUAAUAUUACUGCAGGAGGAAGUGGAUGCAUCACUUGGUAUGGUGAGUUGAGAGACAUAAAACAAUUUACAGAUGGGGGCCAAGAUUUCUAUAUUAGAGUAUCUGCAUCUGAUUUAGCUCAACUCUCCAAGAAUUCAAAUAGCCGUUAUAGGAAAAGAGUGAUAGAGAUUCUAGUAGGGUCUGCUGCAGCAAUAAUUCUUGCACUCUCAUCAGCAUGUUGUUUGGUGAUCAAUAAAAGGAGAAAUGAUAAGAAGAGAAGUAAAAGUUUAGCAUCCUGUGAGGGCAUGGAUGAAAGUGAAUCAGCAGAAAUCUCAAUCUUUGAUCUAAGCGCAAUAAUUGAUGCCACUGAGAAUUUCUCCGAUGCUAACAAACUUGGUACAGGAGGAUUUGGUAGCGUAUACAAGGGUCACCUGAAAGAUGGAAAAGUAAUAGCUGUCAAAAGACUUUCAGAAACUUCAGGGCAAGGAACAGAGGAGUUCAAGAAUGAAGUCACACUAAUUGCAAAACUUCAGCACAGAAAUCUUGUGAGGCUUUUAGGUUGUUGCAUUCAACAAGGAGAGAAGAUGUUGGUUUAUGAAUACUUGCCAAACAAAUCCUUGGACAGUUUUAUUUUUGAUAAAACAAAACGGUCUUUGUUGGACUGGGGAAAACGGUUUGAAAUCAUCCUUGGGAUUGCGCGAGGAAUGUUAUACCUUCACCAAGACUCUAGAUUAAGAAUUAUUCAUAGGGAUCUAAAAGCAAGCAAUGUUUUACUCGAUGCCUCUAUGCAACCAAAAAUAUCAGACUUUGGAAUGGCCAGAAUUUUUGGAGGUGACCAAAUUGAAGCAAACACAAAUCGAGUUGUUGGAACAUAUGGUUAUAUGUCACCUGAAUAUGCGAUGGUAGGGCACUUUUCAGCAAAGUCUGAUGUUUUCAGUUUUGGGGUUUUGUGUUUGGAGAUUAUCACUGGCAGAAAGAACAACAGUCAUUACGAUCAGGAGCAAUCUCAACAUUUAGUUGGAUAUGUUUGGGAUUCUUGGAAGGAUGAAAAAGCUUUAGAUGUUGUUGAUCCAUUGUUAGUUGACUCAUAUGAAGCUUGUGAAGUUUUGAGAUGCAUCCACAUUGGCCUUUUGUGUGUACAAUCAUUUGCAAACGACAGACCGACUAUGUCAGAAUUGGUCUUCAUGCUGUGCAACGAAACAAAUCUUCCUUUCCCUAAAGAACCAGGCUUUGUAUUCAGAUCAGAGAGUCAUUGUUCAGUUAAAAGCUCUUCAUCAGCAAGUAUAGGAACAUCUGUUAACGAAAUGUCUAUUAGCACAGUUCAUGGUCGCUAGAGCUUAUGCUAAGUAUUCAAUACGUAGUUUGAUAGAAAUACAGUAUUCCUUUGUCUGUACUAUGCUAUUCUUUUUGAGUUUUAUAUUUACAAUUAGUAGAGAUUCA